AUGCGUCAAUCGCCGCCGCCACCACCUUCCGCCAGCAGCAGCAGCAAAGCAAACAAGCUUCGUUUACCAGCCCCGGUCUCGACAAACAAUAAGAAAGAGAGAGGAAAAAGAGAAAGAGAGAGAAAAAAGAGAAAGAGAAAAAGAAAAAAAAACAGGAAGAAGAAAACGAGAGGAAAAAAGAGAGAGAAAAGAAAGAAACAGACGGAGAAUGAAAUACAGAAUGACAGACAAAAAGAAAGAGAGAGGAAAAAGCGAAAGAGAGAGAAAAAAGAGAAAAAAAAAAAGAAAAAAAACAGAAAGAAGAGAACAGAGAUACAGAAUGACAGAGUAAAGAGAGAGAGAGAGAAUAGAGAAAAAGAGUGAAAGAGAAAGCGAGAG